AUGUAUGACCAUUGGUUGAAACCCAAGCCAAGAGACCCAAAUGACCGCUUCAAGACCAUUGAGGAACACAUGUUUGAAGAUAUGAAUCGACAAGUGAUUUGUUAUGCUUGUAAAGGGCCUCACUAUAGGUACAAACACCAUAGGGACGAAAUUGAUCAAGAGUACAACCACUAUGAGAAUGAGGAGUACAUGAUGCAACCAUAUGAGGAGGAAAACAUGGAAGACAUGAAGAACAUGAUAUUGGCAAGGAUAGAAGAAUUAGAGCAAGAAAUGACCAAUAUUAGGGAAGGGUGGAAGCAAGAAUAUGAGAAUGUUGAGGAAAAGGAGAGUGAUGGUGAUGAGGAGAUAGUGUGGGAAGAGGAAAAGCCAUGUGGUGACACUAUUGAGCUUGCAUAUGGUAAGACACUUGACCCUAUUAGUAUGAUAAUGAUGUUCUUGAGUCUUACUUUUGAUGAUGAAUCUUUGUCAAAUGAGCUUACUAAUGAUUUGCAUGAGAUAUGUGGUGAUGAUGAUGUCGAUAUUGAGGCUAGCUUGUGUGAUUUAAAUGAUAUUGAAUGUGUGACUUUCCAUGAUAAUUGUCUUGAUGAUGCUUUAUAUAUUCAUGAUUUGAUCGGUAAAGAUCGGAGUGAAGGGGUUAAAAAUGAGAAUGUAAAAGAAGAGGUUGAAGAAAAGGAAGAGAUAAGAAAUGAGAGUGUUAGGGAGGAAGUUGAGGAGAAAAAAGAGUGGAUGAGGCAAAAGGACUUGUCCCCGUCCAAGACAUAUGGAUCUUCACAAGAAGAAUACCAACCAAGAAGGCAACCAUCAAGACCUCAAUAUGAUGAUAGAGAAUAUGGUGAUUACCACUACUCUAGAAGAGCCCCACCACUACCUCAAAGCUACGAUUCAAAAUCUUACCAAUCUACCCAUUAUGACGAGGAUGAUGACUACCCUCAACAAAGAGGAUUCUCUAAUUCUCAAUCCUACGACUCUUACCCAUCCCAAGCCUACUCUCCACAAUCUUACACUCAAAACACACCUCCACCCAAAAAGAAAUCUAUUAUCGAGCACAUGUAUGACCAUUGGUUGAAACCCAAGCCAAGAGACCCAAAUGACCGCUUCAAGACCAUUGAGGAACACAUGUUUGAAGAUAUGAAUCGACAAGUGAUUUGUUAUGCUUGUAAAGGGCCUCACUAUAGGUACAAACACCAUAGGGACGAAAUUGAUCAAGAGUACAACCACUAUGAGAAUGAGGAGUACAUGAUGCAACCAUAUGAGGAGGAAAACAUGGAAGACAUGAAGAACAUGAUAUUGGCAAGGAUAGAAGAAUUAGAGCAAGAAAUGACCAAUAUUAGGGAAGGGUGGAAGCAAGAAUAUGAGAAUGUUGAGGAAAAGGAGAGUGAUGGUGAUGAGGAGAUAGUGUGGGAAGAGGAAAAGCCAUGUGGUGACACUAUUGAGCUUGCAUAUGGUAAGACACUUGACCCUAUUAGUAUGAUAAUGAUGUUCUUGAGUCUUACUUUUGAUGAUGAAUCUUUGUCAAAUGAGCUUACUAAUGAUUUGCAUGAGAUAUGUGGUGAUGAUGAUGUCGAUAUUGAGGCUAGCUUGUGUGAUUUAAAUGAUAUUGAAUGUGUGACUUUCCAUGAUAAUUGUCUUGAUGAUGCUUUAUAUAUUCAUGAUUUGAUCGGUAAAGAUCGGAGUGAAGGGGUUAAAAAUGAGAAUGUAAAAGAAGAGGUUGAAGAAAAGGAAGAGAUAAGAAAUGAGAGUGUUAGGGAGGAAGUUGAGGAGAAAUGUGGAAACCCGGGGUUGUUUGGUAUUAUAGUGUAUGAUGUUAAAAGUCUUUCAUAA